GUUAUCUUUUAAUCGCCAUGGCAACCACUGUAAGCUGAAAACUGUAAACAUUAGUGACUUAUGAUACAUGAUGAGAGUGCAUGUUGUAAAUUUAAUAACGUUAACAUAUAAGUAAUAAAGUUUGCACUUUUAUAAACAUGUCUUACAGGGAUUUGCGAAAUUUUACUGAAAUGAUGAGAGUGUUGGGAUAUCCAAGAUUAAUUUCACUUUCCAACUUUCGAUAUCCAAAUUUCCCUCUAGUGGCAGAAAUUUUAGUAUGGUUAGUGAAAAGAUUUGAUAACGAUACCAAUGUUCCUGCAGAACACAGCACUGAAAAAGAACGUGUAACCCUUAUCUGUUUUGUGGCUGAAUUUAUGAUGAAAAGCGUAAAUAUAAGAUUGGAUACUCAAAAACUUUAUAUGGCAGAUGGAAAUGCCGUGAAAGAGUUAUUGAAAAUGACAUCACUACUGUAUGAAGCUCAACGACAAAAUGUUAACGAACUUUUAUCAGGUGAUGACUCUACGACACCGAAUUUCAACAUCACAGAUAGAUUGAACGAUUUAAAAACUACAAGACAAUUAGCUAGUCAAAUAACGAUUAAUGGAGCGACAUUAUACGAUUUACUCGGAAGAGAAGUAGAGUUACGCGAAAUUCGUAAUUCUAAAGUUACCAGCCAGUAUGAUAUUAAAGAAGUUGAAGAUGCACUGAAAAAUGUUAUCCGCCACACAAAAGAUGAAAUAGAGAAAACGAAAAAUGAAAUUGAAACAGUAAAGAACAGCCAGACAGAAUUCGAAAAUAAAAUCGAAAAGAAAAAAGCUGACAUACAAAGAAAUCAAAUGAGACUUCAAACAUUACGGAAAGUUCGACCGCAAUUUCAAGAUGAGUUUGAAAAACUAGAAGUUGAACUAAAAACUCUUUACGAGGAUUAUCUUCAAAAGUUUCGUUACUUAGCUUAUUUAGAACAUCUGUAUGAAGAGGCAGCUAAGGGCGAGCAAGAAAGAUUUGAGCGAAGACAAGCUGCUACAAGAAAGCAGUUAGAGUCAAUGCGCAUGGACGAUGCAAACUUUGAUAGUAUAAUAGAAGGUAGUGAUUCUAUUUUCAAUACAAAUCUUCAGAAUCCAUUAACACUAGGAGAAAAAGAUAAAAAGUCAACGGAAAGUAUCGCGCAAGAUACCCGCAAGUCAGCGAGAGUCAAUUUAACACAACGAAGAUUGUACGGUAGUAUGUCCGGACGCCGUCGUGUAGCAAAUGGAAAUGUUGGUGCAGCAAAUGGGAGCAUGGGUGAUUCGGAAGACGAUUCAGAUGAUGAUUUGUUGAUUGAUCAUUCGUACGAUGAUGACGAUGAUGACGAUUUGUUAAAUUCAACAACUGAUGAAGUUAACAAUUUCAAUGCAAAACAAAAUGAAGAAAAACGGUCUGUUAGUAAAGCAAAUCACGCUGAUGAUGAGUUUUAAAUGAAUGGCCUAUCAUGCGUACCUGUUUUACAGUUCAUUAAACGUUUCUCAUUUAUUUCUA